AUGCUCGACUUGACCACCAAAGAUUCAGAAUCAGAAAGGGAAAAACUUCGACAACAGGGCGAUUUGGUUGUCAAGAAACUCAGCAAGUUGGCUGACCGCUAUGAAGCUUUCUGCAACGAUCUCGAGAAUCGACAUAAAUCAACUACCUCCCCCGAAACAGAUGACUCAACCAUGACAAGCGGCCUCCCGUUUUAUCUCACAACAUUUCUUCUCGACCAGUUACAAUUCGUUUCGCAGGAUUCAUGUGCACUCAUUCAACAACUGAAGCUCUCAACCAAAAAAUACAAAGGCAAGAUUGAUGUAGCUGGUACCAGAGAAAGUUUGAUUGGCCAGACAAAUGAGUUAUUCGAGUGGAUUGACAAGUCUAUUUAUUGGCUGAGAGGGUCUGAGUUUGAUCUUGUUCAAGCGUUUUGGCCAAACGAGAUACGUGGUUUCGAUGAACAACUGGAAGUAAUUUUGGCUAUGAUGGAUCCCACAAUUGUCUUGGAACAAAAUACGCCUCUAUCUAGGAGAAGACCUCUCAGACUCAGUGAACCAGCCGUCGAGCUGGCCAAGACUGUUGUACCGCUCAUCAAACUCACAAGGCUUUUUUUCAACAAAUUAUCAGAACGGGGAAUGAACAGAAAACGCCUACCACUUUUUACAACGUUGUGCUCCUAUCAACUAGAAAUUAUCGGAGGAGUGGCGGGAGACAUUGGAUGUAAACUCGCAGAUAUAUUGGAGAUCUUAUGCAAAGCCGACGAAUAUGACGAAGAAGACACCAAUGAAGUGGUCACGAAGAAACUCAAGGAAAUCGAAUCUUGUUUUGAAUCUUCUUUCCUCCUUAUCCUGCUUCACUUUGUUCCGAUCAUCCCGGACACCGACGGUAAUCCGGUUCAGAAUUACUUCAAGAACUGGUUCGCCACUUGGAACACACAAUUCACUCUAGCAAUCAACAACGUUCUAGAUGCUAGCCAAGCUUAUCAAGAUUCCGGCCAAUUUACAUAA